AUGAAAAUGUCUUCAAGGUUCCCAUCUCCACCAGUUUGCCUUUCACCAGAGCGGGCUGAUUUAGGUUCUGUAACAAGCUCUUCUUGUUCACUGAAUGAGCUAGACAAUAUUUCCCACCUCUUAAAGAAAAUAUCAGCUGACAUCAAUGAAAUCAAAGGAAUGAAAGCAGCAAUUUUGACAGUGGAAGCAAAUCUUUUUGAUAUAAAUGUUAGAGUGUCCCAGAAUGAAGCAAAAAUUUCAUCUUUGGAGGUUAAGAUGAAUGAAUAUUCGGCAACAACACCUGAAUGCAACAGGCAGUUUGAAGAUUUUCAAGAGGGAAUUGACUUUGAAUCACAACCAAGAGCUACUGGUGUAAAAAUAAUUGGCUUCCUUAGAGAUAUUGAGAAAGGAGCUCAGCAGAGGCAGUUGUUACCCCGACUGCACAUCGACCCGGUCAUGGCAGAAACGCUGGAACUUAGUCAAGCUGAGAUGAGUGAACUGAGUAUGGCGCAGAAGCCAGAAAAGCUGUUGGAACGCUGCAAGUAUUGGCCGGCUUGUAAAAACGGGGACGAGUGCGUGUACCAUCACCCUGUCGCGCCUUGCAAAGCCUUCCCCAAUUGUAAAUUUGCUGAAAAAUGUUUGUUUGUUCAUCCAAAUUGUAAAUAUGACGCUAAGUGCACUAAGCCAGACUGCCCCUUCACGCACCUGAGCAGAAGAGCGCCAGUGCUGCCCCCAAAGCCAGUUACAACACCAUCACCAUCCUCUAGUGGUCAGCUCUGCCGUUACUUUCCAGCUUGUAAGAAAAUGGAGUGUCCUUUCUAUCAUCCAAAACACUGUAGAUUUAACACUCAGUGCACAAGACCGGACUGCACAUUUUAUCAUCCCACCAUUGCUGUACCACCAAGACAUGCCUUGAAGUGGAUUCGACCACAAACUAGCGAAUGACACCCAGUCUUAGCUGGCAGAAGAUCGUGCAGUUUGAUGAAAGACUAUUGAACUUGUCAAAUCUUUGAAGCUUGGAAUAUAUUGCUAUCAUAAUACGAAGUUUAUUGCCUAUUUGAAGUGUCUAAUUUUUCAAGUUUGUAAGUUUAUUAAGUGAUUUUAACAUUGGGGUUUUUGUUGUUGCUAUUUUAUUUUUACAGUGAAAAGGCAGUUUGGGAACAGCUCUAUUGCUAUUAAACAGCAUUUGCAGUGGCAUAUCUUUGACAGCACUGCAGUUGGAGCAGAACUGUCAGGAGGCCAGUGUCCUGAAAGUUUAAAUUAGUGCUUCCCCAAAGAGCAUGUGUUUGUAAUGAGGGGCCAGAGGUACUGUGAGGCAGCUUAAAGUAGCCGUUCAAAUCUGCUUUUAAUUGUUAAAUGAACACACUUAGAAAAGCAUGAUAAUAACAGCCACGUGGUCACUACUUUGGUAGUAUGAUUCCCUUGCCUUCUGUGAAUGAUGUGGCAUGUAGGGUGAAAACAAGUACAAAAGAUAUAAACAGCUCCUUAAAAUGAUUUCAUUUACUGUUAACAUACUUUUAAAAUAAAUUUUUUUGGGGACUACAUUAUCACAAAAUGAUAGGAAAGUUUUUACAAGUAUAUACAUAAAGUACCAGAAAACAGACUUUAAACUCACAAGAUUAUAUACAUAUAUAUAUAUUCCCACAUUCUGAAAAAUAACAUACUCAGAAAUAAGUCUACCGAAAAUAUACUUAGUUAUUACCGAAGAUAAUUUUUGAAAUGUAAAAACUAGAUUUAAGUAGUAUAUUUUAAAUGACAGAACUAUAUAAUUAUAGAGCGCUCAGAUGGGUAAAUACAGAAUUCAACAAAACUUGGCCUACUGUAUUGAUGAUGGAGUUUUUGUGUGUUUGGUUUUUAUAAUUGUUAAGGCAAGAAGUGUCAUGUUUGAAAAUUAAUUAACAUGGAAAACUGAUUUCAAAGACUCAAUGUAUAUAUAGUACUUUUCAAAAUUAAAAGCUUUAUGAAGUGGUUAGUAAAGGGUGCAUUACUAGAAAAGGAAUUAUAGACUCUCAAAUAUUUUCAGGACCAAAUUACACUGUAAAAAUUUUAAAAGUUAACUGAUUAGCACAUAGUCAUAUGCACAAAAGAUGGAUAAUAAACACUGUGAAAGUUCAUGUUUAAGAUUGUAAGCCAGCCUUCUGCUGUUGGAAUCAUUAUUCUUUCCCUUGGAAAUAAAAGAAUCCACUUGAACUUGGUUGUACCAUCCCCAAAGUAAACACUCAAGACCAAAGACCAAAGGCAACAAACACACAGGGCCUGCCCUAAAGCUGCUGUGUUUAGGCAUAAGUGAAAUGACAGUUCUACUUCAUUCUGAGUGUAUGUUUAAGGCAUGUUUUCAUUGUAGUUUUAAGAUGUGUUGCAUCUUUGCAUAAGAAAUUUGUUUUAAAAUGUUUCUAUUUCUGAAAAUACAAUUUUUUAUUUAUAAAUGA